AGAUUUCAAUUUUAUGAAAAUAGCAAUCAUGGGCCAAAAUUAGUGAAAUUGCGUUUAGACUUCUGAUCAAUUCUAUCAAAAGUCCUUAAAAUGACAUUGUGUGAAACCAAGUGAACUAUUCUGUUUAUGAGUUUUCUUCGUGUAGAAGAGGCUGCCUACCACCAGCCUGACAAAGCCAGCUCAACAUAAAAUGGCACACACAAGUGGUUCAUCUGCUAUUCAUGCAGAUCGCCGCAGAGAGCGCAUGCGUCGUGGCGAGCUUGCUGCCCAACCAGAGGAGGAUAUUCCGUCAUUUCCUUCGGAGCCACGAAGGAUAACUGCUGAGAGGCAGGAUUCGCUGACGAACCGCAUCGAACACGUGCUCGGUGAUAUGAAUGAGGUCCAGAAACAUUUGGGAAGUGAACCAAAUAUUUGGCUUGGUACAUCUAGAAACCAACAGAAUCUGUCAAGGUCACAGACUUAUCGAAAUCAAGGGCCACAAAACCAUUCAUCUCGUUCUAAACCGCAAUCAAAUUCAUCUGUGUAUUCGCCAGGUCAAGAAAAAUCUCAAAUUGGCUCCAAAAGACGCGAUGAGUCAAGUCAGCAAAACAAUUUCUACCCAAAAUACCAAUCCUCUAAUUUGAGUCGACACAACCAUAACAACAAUACAUCAGAUCGUAUUAGUUCAACUCCUCUGCCAGAUCACAAGGGCCGUUCAAAGUCACCAAGAAAUGGUAUUACUGAGCAGGCUCACAACAGAGAGCGCUUACAAAGUGUGGAUAUGCCAGUGGCUGUGGAGAACAUAUUUAAGGAGAUGCUUCAAAUGAAUGAACCACUCAGCGAAAUUCAAACUCCAAACAUUGGUCAGGAAUUUAACUUUGUCAAAUCAGAGACCAAAAUCAAAGAAGAGCCUAAAGAAAAAUCCCAUGCUGUUCGGCCAGAUCUGGAAGACAAUGCUGCUACUAUGAGUAGCAGUGAUGAGAACAGCAGCGAUGAGUCUGACGAAGAGUCAGACGAUAGUGAUGCAGAGGAGGGGACUAACAAGUGGGUCCUCAGCGGGUAUCUUGAUGACUCAGCAGCUGCCAAUGAUUCGGUGACUGAGCAAAAACCUGAAGCUGCCAAGCAGAAAAACGCCGAAAGUUCACACUCUUCUACGAGAAAAGCUGUCACAAGGGGACGCCCUAGUGAGCGGAAAAACUCGGUAGACACAAAAACUCGAAAUUCUUCAUCUAGGAGUUCUUCAGUAAAAGGUAAAACGGACGACAAGUCCAGUGAACGUUCAAAAUCUGCUAGCAAAGGUCGGUUGGGUUCAUCGCACAGAUCUUCCCCUGUGAGGUCACAAUCAUUGCAACGACCAACAAAACCAUCGUCAAAAGCUGUGCAGGACGUAAAACGUAACAACAACAAACAAAGUCCUCUUUCUGAGAGGAAGAGUCCUGUUCCCAAACCUCAGAGCAAUGAACAAUCAGCGAACAGGAAUUGCAACAAUUCCAUGCUGUUCAGUGUCAGCAACGAAACUUCCAGCCAGACACCCAGUGACCAGAGACAUCGAGUUGGACAAAAAUCUCCGAUGACGGCGAUAAAAAAUCAUGGCCGCAUCGCUGAGAAAAAACAUCGGGGCGUUUCCCCAUCCUCACAGUCUUCAUCAGACUCCAGUUGUUCCGGAUCGGAAGAUGAAAAAUCUCCGACCCGAUGGAACAGCUUCCGCGAGCGCUCUAAUUCUAGUUCUUCCAACAAACCAUCCGUCCAUAGUAAAAAGCAAAACAACUCAAAAUCUUCAAUUGACCGUAGGUCCGCCCCAAGUGCCCUUGCCAAGCCGGACAUGGAUCGUCGAAAACCUCCGAAACCGGAUCAGUCAAACCUUCGACCUCCGAUCUCCCAACACGAUGUGAAACACCGCCAUCCUAGAUCCAACGAGUCAACUCCUACAUCGCAGGAAACGAGGGAAGGUUCAGUUGCCAAACAACCAAACCCACAAUCGAGACCAAAAUCAAAGAAGUCUUCCAAACAAAGACGCAGUGUUUCAUCUCCCGUUACCAAUGAGCCAAAGCCAUCAAGUUUCCCUUCAUUAUGGGUGAGGAUACUUCCAUCUUCAAGCAAUGACCCAGAAGAAUCUUACCCUGACACCCACGCACCAAUGGACACUUUCCAACCUGAGCCACGCCCCCGAUCAUCCACCAAUCGCACGGCAGCUGUAUCUACAGGCAGUGAGACAGAAAAGCCAUUACAAAGAGCAAAAAAUGUCCAGGUUGCUGUUGCUGCCAGCUCAAGCGACUGGUCACCCCGUACAGCAAUGAACAAACGAAAACACAAUCAGCCUUACGAUUCCACUUCAGUUGCGGACCAGAAAUCAAAACGAAGAAAACAAGAAACCCCAUCACCAACCAACAGCCAGGGUCGACAACCAACACACAGCAUUGCAGCAAGCGAAAGCUCCCAACAUUCACGUAAAGAAAACUUUCAAUGGAAGGAUAGAAGGAAAGGUUCCAGGUCACCACAUAAUCCAAGCUGGAACCAGGAACCAACUUACAACCAAAACCAACCAUCCAGUUACCACGAACCAGCAAACAAUAUACGACCACCCCAAGUCAAGCUGGAAACCUGCCAAAGCACUUCCCAUUCUGCUUCAGCUGGUGUUGCUUCUAUUGUUUCAGAACCUGAUUCGAGUUGGCCUGAACAAGAAAAGUUGCUGAAGUCGGAUCAAUACAUGCGUGAGGGUAAGAGACUUAAGCAUGAGGGAGAUGCUUUCACUGACUCAAGGACUGGUCGUACAAGAGUGGGAGAAUCGCUGAGUCGGGCUCUCGUUUAUUACGAUGCAGCUUUGUGUUUCAUCAUGAAUGGCUAUACCCUGGAACUCGAAAACGGAAAUGAUCGUAAUGAAAGUGGUUCUUCCCACUCACCCACUAGUAUGUAUCAUCAAACCAUUUCACUUAUGGAUUACAUUCGAAAGAUGAGACCACACGAUGACACUGAAGAACUCGCAUUUAAACGACUUAAUUUAUCAUGCAUUCGUUCUCAAGCCCUUUUAUUCUUACGUAUUUACAAGUUAAAGAAAGAUAUUGCAAACAAAUAUUCUGAGAUUUUAAACGACCAGUUCAAGCAAACUGGUAAUAAAUCGAACCGUACCCCAUCACCAUGGCACAAUGUAAGUGGACAGAAUGUUGUUUCUCCCAUGUCACCUGCCGUACCUUCACCUUAUGGCAUCACAAUACCUGGACCUUCCCCAGUGGCUGGAUCAACCAAUUACGAGCCUGUGUCAAGCUCCACCCAGGUAAGCAAGAUGACUUCCCCUCCAACUUCCAGCACGAUCUCAGUUGCCCCAAAGCUCUAUGACAUCAUAAAGCAUUACCACUCGAUCACCAGAAGCCUGAUGCUUGCCCACGAGAAGUGGGAGCAAGCGGAAGCUCUUCAAAAGGAGCAAGUGCUCUCUGGAGGUGGCACCGAUUUUUUCCGCAAUGUUGAAACUCUAUGUGGUCGCACACUGAUGUUGCACAGCUCACUUCGAGAUCUAGUCACUUAUAACAAGGUUGUUUUGCAUCAACUUCGAGCCAUCAAGUCACCACACGAUUAAGGCCACUGUGAUAUCACAAUCAGUAUUUAUUUUACACAAUCAAAGAUCUAUUGUUACAACAUAAUGAGCUUCAUUACUUGGCCUUUUCUUCUGUUUCCCUUUUCCAACUGGCCUCCCAUUAUUCCAUACAUUGGUAAAAAUUGCGCAACACUGGAGUGCACUCAACUUCAUAUAUAAUUAAUUCCCAAGUUCUUUCACUUUUGAGGUAGUACCAGAGAAAUUACGGUACCAACUGCACUUUAAUAAGUUGGAACAACACCGAAUCCAAGCCAGUGUUAAUCUGCCUGUGACCACAGGGAGUUUUCUUUUCCUUAAAUUCCUCUGCAGAUGACUUGAAAUUGAACUGGAACCCAUUUUGUUGCAAAAAAGGACUUUCCCUGUUGAACAAGCUUCAAUAGCAGAGGUUUCUUUGAAAAAGUUCAAACUUUCUUCCCGUUUCCUGGUCGCGGCCCUUGUUUCUCUUUCCAGCCCGUCUUGGGGCAUUUCUUAUCAUGUCCGUAUCUUUUCUGAGAAAAGAAGAAAAAAAUCAAAACAAAAAAGCAGAAGAAUAUAUAUGUUGGAACCGCUUGUUACAGAUGUGUCUUCUGUUCUGCACUUGUUGCUCAGUGCAUGAGGAUAUAUUGUAAGGAAUACAGAUUUAUAUACGGGUGCUUCUCUAUUUCUCUUCUUUGUUCCUAGCCCCGUAGUUACUUUCGAAAAUCUUCCCAUUAGUUUCCAUGGAGAUGUGUUGGUUGCCAUGGUGAUGCAGUGGAUUUUUGUUGGUGCUUGGGUUCACCUGUUAAAAAAUACUGAUGGACAAAAAAAUAACUUAUUACCGUUUUGUGUCUUAUGCAAACUUGCUGCUCUUGGAAAAACUUGGAACACUAAAUGCAAGAACAGUAUGCUUAUACCUUACUAUUCUAAGCAAUACCUGUUGGCAGUAGAGCUCACAUAGUCCAAGUUUGCAACAGCUUUUAUGUAAUGUUAAACUGAGGACGAUUUCUGUAUCCUUAUACUGAAGGAUAUGUAAUAUGCAAUUCCUUCAUUUCCUAUUCCAUAAUAAUAUGGUAUGCAAAUCCAAAUAAUUAUUGACAAAUGCAUUUGGUUAGGGGUUAGUAAUUUUAUCAUUUUAAAAACUGUUUUACUAGAAAUAUAUCCUGUAGGUGCAUUUGCAGAUUGCAGUACAUGUUGAAUUAAGACCACACCUUCACAAUUUGCCAACCUUUUAAAUACUUUAGAACAAGAUUUUAAUCCUUACCGUUUUAGUGCGGCCAGCAGACAUGUCUUAGUUUAAAUUUUGAAAAUUAUAAUUUCCGCCAAUUCCGUUCCAACUUACUUCGUUUUCCAUCAUCGUGUUUUGUUUCAAUUCUGCUUUCAUGUUACAUGUAUUCUAUUAGCUAUAAACUGGUACUUGGCAGUAAUGGCUGCAAGAACUACUAAACCAUACAUUUUGGCUGUGUUCCGAUUACUGUACUUUCGUAUAUAUUACUUGACAAUAGACACUAAACCCUUAU